AUGCCGUCCACUACGCUACUGUUUCCACAGAAGCACAUUAAAGCCAUUCCAGGCAAAAUGUAUGCGUUCUUCAAGCAGCUUGUUAGCGGAGUUGUUAUAUCCAAACCAGAUCUAAGUCAGCAUUUUUCUUCUGAAAGUGUUGUGAAGGAAGAACACGAAGGUGAAGAAGAUGGGAUGAAAACUACAACAAGUUUGUUUCCUGAGUUGAACAAUAUAGACAGUUCACUUAACGGAGGGAGCUCUGUCAUUCCCUGCUCCAUGGAUGUCAGUGAUUUGAACACGCCAAUAUCGAUGACACUGUCUCCAGAGAAUCGCAUAAAAGGCGAAGUAAAUGUCAAGUCCCUACUAGGGUCUAUGCCGGAAAAGGCCAACGGGGCCCCGAUGAAGGUAUCUCAAGAUGUGACAAGCUCUCCUCUAAGCUCAUCAGGUUCCACGCCAGAGCAUUCCACGAAAAUCUUGGACAACGGUGAAGAGGAGUUCAUCUGUCACUAUUGCGACGCUACCUUCAGGAUUAGAGGAUAUCUAACGAGACAUAUUAAGAAGCAUGCCAUCGAAAAAGCAUAUCACUGCCCCUUUUUCAAUAAUGCUACUCCUCCGGAUCUUAGAUGCCAUAAUUCCGGCGGUUUUAGCAGACGUGAUACUUAUAAAACUCACUUAAAAGCAAGGCACGUGUUGUACCCGAAGGGUGUCAGACCACAGGAUCGUAACAAGUCAUCCGGUCAUUGUGCUCAAUGUGGCGAAUACUUCUCUACCAUUGAGAAUUUCGUGGAGUCUCACAUCGAAUCUGGCGAUUGUAAAGCUUUGCCACAAGGAUACACUAAAAAGAAUGAAAAAAGAUGUGGCAAAUUAAGAAAGAUCAAAACGUCUAAUGGUCAUUCUCGAUUCAUUUCCACUUCUCAAAGUGUAGUGGAACCAAAGGUGCUUUUCAAUAAAGAUGCCGUAGAGGCCAUGACCAUAGUGGCUAACAAUAGUUCAGGCAGUGACAUUAUAUCCAAGUAUGGCAAUAAUAAAUUGAUGUUAAACUCAGAAAACUUCAAUGUUGACGUACCUAAGAGGAAAAGAAAAUACAUCAAGAGAAAGCAGCAACAAAGCUCUGAAUUGAUACCAGCAACGAAAACUACGAAAACGGCAACACCAUCGACAGGGGUAACUAUAGAAAACAAUAAACAAGUGACACCAGAUGAAGUUUCAUCUGUCACGAUUUUCUCACCCUUCGAUUCACAUCUUCUCGAGCCCGUCCCUUCUAGCUCAUCUGAAUCCUCCGCGGAAAUUAUGUUCUACGGUGAGCAAAUGAAAAAUAUCAUGAUCGAUAUAAAUAGCUUCACAAAUCAACAGGAACAACUGCAAGAUACUCCUACCUUCAUGCCACUAGAUAUUGAACAGUCUUCAUAUAGUUUGAAUGAAGAUGCGAUGUCUUAUCCCAUCAUAUCUGCACAAAGCAAUCGUGGUAGCUCACACCAAACAAACACCAAAAUUUCACAAAUAUUACAAUCACAACUCAAUCCAGAAUAUCUAGACAAAAAUCACUUAAGAGAAACGCAACAAUAUCUGAAUUUUUAUAGUGACAAUUUUGGGUCACAGUUUUGA